AAACAACCAUAAAAAAGCGUGACGUCAAAAUGACGUUUACACACUCAUUAUGCAGAGAGAAAAGGCAUAGUUUUUAGCAUCGCCAGAGAGCGGGUCGUUUGGAAAAGCAUCGAAAAUGGCGGCUCCGCUGAUCGGAAUGGCGGUUGCGCUCAUGCGACGCCGGCGACAACAACGCGAGCCCGACGAUGCGUUUGACAUGACGGAUGACGAAUUUCGGCGGCAUUUUCGACUCUCGAAGGAAACUGUGCGAUGGUUGUGUGGUCAACUGGCCGAGGAACUGGAAGGGGUGCGAGCGACGCGGCUCUCAGUGGAACAAAAGGUGUUGUGUGCGCUGCGCUUCUUUGCGACCGGGAGCUUCCAAGGUUCCGUCGGGAGCGAGACGACGAUUCACAUGGAGCAGUCGACUGUGAGCGAAUGCGUCAAACGCGUCGCUCAAGUUAUAGUGAAAGUGGGCGCGCGAAAUGGGUGGGUGCGCUUCCCGACGACGACCGAAGAAAAGGCGGCCGUGAAAGAAGGCUUCCUUCGGCUCGGCGCCAUUCCGGGAGUGAUCGGCUGCAUCGACGGCACCCUCAUCGGCAUCAAGGCGCCCAAGGGACCCCGCAAGGCUUCGUUCAUGUGCAGGAAGCACUUCUACGCCCUCAACGUUAUGAUCAUCUGCGAUGCGGCGAUGCGGAUCCUGGCCAUCGACCCUAUGCGACCGGGGUCAGACCAUGACUCGUUCGUCUGGCAGACGACCUGGCUGCGCCGACGGUUCCUGGCGGGACGCAUUGCAGAGCCAGGCGAAUACCUGCUUGGUGACAGUGGCUACCCAUUGGAGCCGUAG